GGCCAUGGCAACUCGGGUCACCAACCGUGUCGUUCAAUCCGAAGAGGCUACAGGGGAAAGAAGCCGCCGCCAGGAGGAAGAGAACGGAGCGAGCAGCCAUGGCCGCCAGGAACUUCUUCGUCCGAUCCCCCACAGAGGAGGAAUCCAGCGCCGCCAUCCGAGAGGCUGUCCUGUUGGGAGGGAAGAACGCCGCCAUUGCUGGCACCGUGGUUGCGGUUCCCACGUUCGUUGCCUGCCGUGUCCUUCCUUGGGCCAAGCACAAUCUGAACUACACCGCGCAAGCGCUCAUCAUAUCGACAGCGUGUGUCGCCGGCUUCUUCAUCACCGCGGAUAAAACCAUUCUACGGAACGCAAGGCAAAACACCAUCGGGAGGAUCGACGAGUCGACUUGAUCCAGGACUGUAUAGAAUCGCAGGCCCUCUGUUCCAUGCAUGAGGAGACGUCGGAUUUCAGUUUCAGUUUCUCUGUGCCUUGUAGUGUAAGGAAGACUAAAAGAGAGUUGUUGCUUUCUAGGGCAGUGGAUUCCGUUUAGGGAUGGCAACGGGGCCCAUACCCGUCAAACCCGUGGGGAUUUCAUCUAUUAGGGGGUGGAGAUGGACGAAAAACAUCCCCAUGAGGAUAUUACCAAACUAUUUUAUUCCCCAUAGGGUACAACAGGGAUGGGGACGAUAUCCUAUUCCCCAGACCCAAUACUCAUCGAGGACCCGGUUAGUAACUGUGAUAUUGCGGUCAACCUUAAAAUUUUCACAAACAAACUUGCAAAAACAAAAAAAAGCUCUGAAAAAAACCUUAAACCUAUCUCAUCCUCACUUCAGCUGCCACCAUGACCAAGAAGUCAAUACGACCUAGAUAGGCAUUAGCAGGACAAGGUAAAUACCAUGUAUGUAUGUUGAUUAUAGGGUGUCAUAUUAUGUAUAUGAGUAUUUGUUUAUAAGGAUGGGGACCCUAAUGGGGCCCCGUUCUCCAAUGGGGCAUUGGUAUGGGGAAAUUUCAACCCUCCCCAGUCAUGUAAACGAGGAUGAGGAUAAACUGAUAGGGAAAAGAUAAAGAUGGGGAUGUUGUAGAUAUCCCCAUAGAAAAUUGUCCCCGUUGCCAUCCCUAAUUCCGUUUGCUCUCAGUUGAAAGUGGAAUAAAAGAUGGAAUGUUUUCCUUGUGCCCGUGCGAAGUGUGAAGUACGGAAAAACAAAAAACAAAAAAAAGUGUCAAGUACGGUGCGGUAUAAUGUAUUCGGAGUAGGUUUUGAUCAAGUGGGCUCUGGAUCUGAUCCGUUUCUGUUGUUUGGGAUGUGUUUAUUAUUUUUGAAACUUUAAUGGGAGUACCUAGAACUCAUUUAGAUGAGACAUAAUUUGGUCUCAUUCACCUGAAAAAUAAGAACAGAUACAACUCACGUCAGCACACAUGCAUCUUAUAGCAUCACAUCCAAUGGCUAUAAAAUGUGAAUGAGACCAAAUUAUAUCUCAUCUAGAUGAGUUCUAGCAAAACUGAACUUUAAUUGGGUUGGGUGUUUGUUCGAAAUCACUAGUUGAGGAGUACUCGUUGCAAAGAUCCCCAGGUUGCGACAAGUGGCGCACAUGCAACGCGCCACUUGUCGCAACCUGAGAGUUUUCCCUUCUUCGUAGAUCC